AGUUCGCGCGCGCGCAUCCAACCGAACGAACGUUUGCGUUCUAUUCUAAAUUUAAUUCAAAUGUAAACAAGGUGACGCGCUGUGAUUGGGCCAAAACUUUUGUUUUUUUCCCCCUAAAAGUGUUGUGGCCAGUGUUGUUGUAUUUUUUUAUUGACAGUUGUGUUCCAAAAAGUUUGUGAAGUUCUUUGUUGUGGCAAAUACAGUUUGUAUUGAUUGUGAUAAAAACACGGUGAUAAUUCCACAAACUCCCACCAAAAUCAAGUGUUUUAAAUCUAAAAGACAGAAUUAUGGACAAAAUUGAGACCGUGCCUCUUUAAACUCGACAUUAGCGAAAACUGUGUGCUUCAAAUAGGCACCAAAUAUUAAUAAUGGACAAAAUUGUGAAGAGUGUGAAAUCUUGGACUGAUUCGAAUAGGAAGGCCAGCCCUGACCUGACGAGGAGUCAGUACUCCUUGGUGUCGAAUGGAGAACUGACGGCUGAGGCGGUGCAGCUGUGGAUCGGUCUGCCUGCUGAAGUCAAGUAUGACCCGUCCCUGGCGUCGCUAAGGCAGCUGUACGAGAAGGAACUUGGCAAAGUGGAAAACAUCAAUUCUCGUCGCCAAAAUGGCAGCUCGCGACCAAAACGUCUGCCUUUCGUGAGCUCCGCGCCGCAUCUGAACAAUAACGUCAAUAACGCGCCGCACGUUGACGACGCCGGAGUGGGGAUAGAGAUCAAUGACAUUGGGAAGGAGAAGCAGAUCCUCGAAAAUGUAUCCGGAGGAAAGCUUCUUUCAAAAAUGGCAAAAGCAAGACAUUACACCAAGAUGACACUGCUCCUGGCUUGCUGGGUGUUCUUCACUGUGGUGUUCUUGAUGUACAACGAGAAGGAAGAAAUCGUCAGAAACACUUCUAUAGCACCGGGAGAAGUUAAAAGCUACAUCCUGAACAGGUCAGAACACGAGCUCUCCGUCCUGAUAGAGUUGUCAGGCCCCUUCAUCCCUGAGCAGAGUGAGAAGAAGCUGAACGCCAGCCAAGGUCAUGGGAAGCUGGAGGUCUGGCUGGAACGGUGGACUCUUAAGCCUGGAGGAAAGGCGGUGGAGGCUGAUACGACAGUUAGAGUGUCAUCACCACACUGGUCUAUAAUCCUCCAGGACGAGGAAGAACUGGAUUUCAACGAGGGAGAACCCAGAUCCUCAACCCUCCAUGUAACCCAUGUGUUUGGUUCGGAAUCAAACCAAACGACCGUAUACGCCGUGCGCAUGCGGUCUAAUGCUUCACAAACCACGCCGUGUAGCAUGAAGUACACGGUGAACCCGCUAGAUGUCAGCACUGGCGUUAUAUACGCGUGUGUGCUGUUGUGCGGGCUGUAUAUCCUGAUUAUAUUUGAGGUAAUCAACCGCACCAUGGCAGCUGUCCUCAUAUCCACCACAUCGCUCGCAGCGCUCUCCAUAGCUGGUCUGCGGCCGACCCUGCCCGAAGUCAUCUCCUGGCUGGACGUGGAGACGCUGCUGCUUCUCUUCAGCAUGAUGCUGUUGGUCGCCAUCAUGGCAGAGACUGGCAUGUUCGACUUCUUGGCGGUGUAUACUUUUGAGGUCACAAAAGGCAAGCUCUGGCCGUUGAUCACUCUCCUCUGCGCGAUAACAGCAGUUCUGUCAACUGUCCUGGACAACGUCACUACUGUGCUGCUCAUGACACCUGUCACGAUAAGGCUCUGUGAAGUGAUGGACCUGGAUCCGGUACCGAUCCUGAUGUCGAUGGUGAUCUUCAGCAACAUCGGCGGCACCGCCACGCCGGUGGGAGACCCGCCGAAUGUCAUCAUAGCCUCGAACAAGAUUGUCGUCACGUCCGGCAUAAACUUCACGAACUUCACGUUCCACAUGACCCUGGGGAUCCUGCUGGUGUGUGUCCAGACCUACUUCCAGCUGCGGUUCAUAUACAGGGACACUAACAAACUCCGGCUGAAUGUACCGAGGGAAAUACAGGAAAUAAAGCAGCAAAUAGCAAUAUGGCGGCGCGCAGCCGACUCGCUACCCCACUUCAGUAAAGACGAGCAUGUAGUAAGAGAGAGGCUGGAGAGAAAGGUGAAGAAGCUGAAUGUCCAGCUGGAGACCAUGGUCAAGGAGAGCAGCAAGAGAGCGUGCCCGAAAGACACGUUUAAGAGCACCCUGGCUGAGAUGAAAGAGAAGUACAAGAUCAGGGACAAGGCACUCCUAGUGAAGGCGACUGUAGCGAUAAGCUUCGUAGUAGCCGUGUUCUUCUUGCAUUCCAUUCCUGAACUAAACCGUAUAUCGCUCGGCUGGACAGCAUUACUGGGUGCCAUCCUGCUGCUGACCCUGGCUGAUAGAGAGGACUUGGAGCCGAUCCUGCACCGAGUGGAAUGGUCCACGCUGUUGUUCUUCGCUGCUCUGUUCGUGCUGAUGGAGGCUUUAUCAAAACUCGGGCUGAUACAAUUCAUCGGCGGUUUGACUGAGACUCUCAUUUUGAGGGUAGACGAGAACGCGCGGCUUGCUGUGGCUAUACUCCUGAUGCUUUGGGUAUCCGGCCUAACCUCGGCUUUCGUGGACAAUAUUCCGUUGACCACGAUGAUGAUCAGGAUAGUGACCUCUCUGGGAUCGAACCCGAACCUGAACCUGCCUAUGACGCCGCUCGUCUGGGCGUUGUCUUUCGGAGCCUGUUUGGGAGGUAACGGCACUCUCAUAGGCGCAAGCGCGAAUGUGGUCUGCGCAGGAGUGGCGGAACAACAUGGCUACCGUUUCACAUUCAUGCAGUUCUUCAAGAUCGGCUUCCCAGUCAUGAUCGGGCACCUCUUCGUCGCUUCUGGAUAUCUACUUCUAUGCCACUGCGUGUUCACUUGGCACUAAAUGAAGUUUAAAGUAUUUAGAGUUGAAAAUGCUCAAGCUCAGCGCCAGUUUACAUUAUGUGCUAGCUACUGCGUACUAUGACAUAUGAAAUGUAUUACAGAUUGUACAGCGCCCCUAGUGGAUGCUUUCAAUAACUAAAAUCUCAUAGGUACAUUAAUUUCAUAAUAUGUCAUACCCAGUCGCUAGCGAUGACGUAUAAUCUAAGCUUGCACUAAGCGCUCAGUCCUUCUUGCUGCCAAUAGAUGGCGUUGAUCGCACAUUAGAUCGCGGUGGCAAUUUGUCUCAUUAAUUAUAAAUAAAAAAAGUAGCGUACUUACAACACCGUUUUAUAUUUUAUGCAAAAUUAAACUUAGUUUCCUAAUAAGGUAGUAUGAUUGUGAUAUUGCAGUAUUUUAGCGAACAAAAUCUUAGUUUUAACCAUAAAAUAAAUAAUACAGUUUAUAUUAUAAUAUAAUUAUAUUUUAUUAUACUGUUGUAGUUAUCACUAUUUAUUUUAUAUUUAUGAGUUUUUUAUUCGUAAUUUUACAGUCAAUGUGAAUUUAUAUAACAAUUAGAAAAAGUUAUGGGAAAAUUUGAAAAGAAUUAGUGUACAUGAAUGUGGGUCAUAAUUUGAAAUUACUUCAAAUGAACAUCCCAAACAUAUAUCUGUAUGUAUUGAUAUAGGUAUUAAGUGGUUGAUCUAUGAUGAUGAACAUGAAUUUUACUAUUUAUAUUAUUUUUAUCAAUCACAGUGCACAGCACAAUUUUGAACUUCAUGAGUGCAGUUUCACAAAAAAAACUGAGUUUUAUUUAUUUACAUAAAAAUCAGUUUAUACAGAUUUAAACAGAGUUUCAGAGGUGUUAUACAUACUUUUAUGUAGAUAAUAUAAUCAUAGUAAAUUAAACAAUAUUAAAGUUUUAAGAUGGCUAUGUGAGAUUCGCCAGUAUUAUACAAUAUUUAUACAUAAAAUUAAGAACGCCUAUUUUUGUAUACCUUAAGUAUAAUUUAAAGCUAAUGUUUGUAACUAAGUUUAAAUUAAUGAUUUUGGUGAUCGAAGUGUCGUGUAUCUUGGGAUUUUACUAAGCAUGUAGAAACUUUAAUUAUUUUUAUAUAUAUUUGUUAAUUUUUUUAUAUAUUUUAUAUUAUUACCUCGUGAGUGUGUGAUAACAACCAGUUUUAAAUGGUUUUUAUUCGAGGUUUUCAUAUUUUUAUUUUAUUCUUAAUUACUUUUUUUUAAGUACCUGAAGCUGUUCAUAAAAGCGGUUUGAAACUAAUAAUAAUUUUAUCGUAAUAAGUAUAAAAAAAACAGAAGUAAUUUUGAAUUUUUAUAACUUGAGUAGAAUUACAUUUAAAUCUACUCUCAGAGUAAAUUACAAUUUAAAAAUAAGUCAGUGGUUUAUUUGUUCGGCUUUUGCAAAAACCGCCUUACUACAGUUACAAUGUUUAUGUAAGCAUUUAGAUUAUAAGUAAUUUAAAUCACAAA